UGUCGACGGCACCAUUUCGUACUACUAAACAUUAGAAUGCGGGUCUUCGUACUUGGUUUCAUCACAGUAUCAUUCCAUGUUUGUCUUGUGGUUUCAAAUACGAGCUGGGAAAAUGUUGCGCACCAGAGACGUAUCCGUCAAGAUAACAAUAGCUUAACAUGCCAUGAUGCAGAAGGAAGAGAAGGAAUAUGUCGAGAUAACAGAGUAAAUGGUGAAGGCUGCUUUUUCAAAAGUAGAAUCUGCCAAGAGUACCACAGAUGUAAUAAUCAUUACAGAUGUUUCAUCCCAGCUGAUCCUACCAAAGAUGAGCCUUGUGUAACAGACGGGGGGAUUUGCAAAGCUGCAACUGACAGAUGUGAUGGUGCGUAUGAAGAUGACCUCUGUGAUUUCCCAUCUAAACGCAAAUGCUGUAAACCUACCUGUGACCUUAAAUGUGAACUAAUAGGCGGUGACUGUCAGCCUGAAGGUUUAGCAUGUGGAGGGGUCAUCAAUUCAACUCCGGGUUUGUGUGACGGAACUGGUAGGGUGUGCUGUAUAGACAACAAAGACGAUUCAGCGUGUGUCAACGCAGGUGGAGAGUGUAAAGACAUCGUUGAGGUAUGUUCUGGUUGGUACGAUGUUGGCAAAUGUUCUGGCUUCUACUACAGGCAAUGUUGUCGGCUGCCAGGUGAUGAUACUCCGUGUACGAAUGCUGGUGGAGUGUGUCGGGAUUCUAGGACUCGGCCGUGUCACAUGGGGGACUACCGACCCAAUCUAUGUUCUGGCCCAUCCUAUAGGCAAUGCUGUUUGAAGGGAUGCGAUACUGGGUCAUCUGGUGAUUCUGAGUGUCGUGAAGAAGGUGGGUGCUGCCGACCCCUGUUCUGCGCCGGAAAAGAACAAUCAAUAUCCGCAACUUGCCCGAAUGAUACAAUACACCCUGAGACUAGCUGUGUAUGUUGCCAGGCACCUACCGCACGCCCCGUUGUAGAACAAGGUGACCCUAUAUUCAACACACUUGACAAGAAGGAGUAUAGAUUCGAUGGUGAAUGCUCCUAUGUGUUAUUGAGAGAGUGUAGCAAACCGUUGGAAGAACCUCGCUUCGUUGUGACAAGCAAACAUGGAGUUAUGGAAAAUCUAAAAGGAAACCUAAUAACGUAUGUUAAAGGUAUUUCGAUUUAUUUGAAGAAUUGGCCAUUAUCGGACUUACAAAUUGACUUAUUAGAACAGAGGUAUGUUUCGAUAAAUAAGAACAUUCCAUUGAACAUCCGUGAAAUGGUACGAUGGAACGACGCGAGUAUUGGGGUAACAAUAGAACAAGAUGGACCGAAUGUCAAGGUAGACAAAGAGGACGAGUUCACAGUGUGGUUCAAUGGCAAUGGGCGUGUCAAUUUAGAAAUUGUAGAUAGUUUAUCCGAUCGUGUGUGCGGCUUGCUGGGUAAUGGAAAUGGUAACCCAGACGAUGAUUUUCUUAAACUGACACCGGAUGGGUUAACGUUGGUGGAUGAUGUUAACGAAUUUGGAGAAAGCUGGGUCGUGGAUGGCAGCUGUUCAUAAGAAGAUGCACAACAUGGAAUCGGAUCGAAUUAUAUUAUUUGCUUAUGUUUUAGUUUUUACGUAUAUUUGCAGCAUUUUCUCAUGUAAUACAAGCAUGAAUAGCAUCGAUGAUAAAAACAAGUAUGAAUAUUAAUAAUGUAAUUUAUUCAGCAAAACAGAAAAAAAUUAUGUUGUAAAUUAUUUUCUCGUCACAUGUCAUUUAUUAUUAAAUUAUAUUAAGUAAGUGUGGCAAGGUGAUUAAAGCUUAUGGUCAUGUCAAAACUGCAA